UAAAUCGGGAAUUUUCCUCUGACACACGUGAGAGCCCAAGAAAGAGAAGACAAUAACGGAAUACAACUUUAUUAAUCUUUGAUUUAAAGAAAUUUGAAAUUUUGACUCGGCCUGUUGAAAUAUUUCGUUUUCUACUCGUUUGCUGUUACUUUAGUUAUUCCGCUGUGCAGAAAACAAGAUUUGUGGCCAAAUUAUGGUUGGUGGCAAUAAACGCCUGCUUAUAUUGUCGAAGGAGGAUGCCUGUUGUUGGCUUCCGCUACUUUCUUGAUGCCUCUUUCCUGCUUGUUUAUUCUUUUGAAAAUGUAUGGAAUAACGAAUAGUUCUGUUACAAAUCUGCAAUGAACGAAAGUCAUCAUUCGAGGAGAUCGAAUUGCGUGCUCAUCUUUGGGUUUUAUAACUUAUUUGGAACAGUACUCUGUGUGGUUUGGUGUCGCUACACUUUCUUUCAACUCUUGGGUACGUCGGUGGCGUAGAUAGCGCAGUGGUAAACCUUUUCUCCUCAACUGGAACCUGUAUUAUACCAUACUUGGAUAAAGUUUCUGAAGUUCCCACAAUAACAAAUAAACACAUUUUACCGCCGUGGAUUAUACAUAAAGAAACCCUGGAUAACACAAUAGUAGGAUAAAGUGUGGUUUUCUGGAGAGGAGGAACGCGGAGUGUAAGAGGCGUCUAGAAGGAUGCUGUUUCUUGUAAAAUGGAAUUGAAUAUUUUUUUUGCAGUUAUUGUGGUGGUUUCUUCAUUUUUUUCGAGUUUCAGCCAAGAACUCAAUCCCAAAGGCAGAAAUGUAUGCAAACUACCAGGAUCACCAGGCUUGGUAUGCUGCAGCGGGUGGGGGCAGCUAGGCAAUGAAUGUUUGACACCUCUUUGUGUAGGGAACUUUACCUGUAAGGAGAAUGAGGUGUGCGUCAGGCCCAAUGAAUGUCGCUGUCGCCAUGGAUAUUUCGGAGCCAGUUGUGAUACAAAGUGCCCAACCCAAUUCUGGGGCCCCGACUGCAAGGGAAAGUGCCAGUGCUUCCCCAACGGCCACUGUGACGACAUGACGGGCAAGUGCACGUGCAACCCCAACCGCUGGGGGCCCAACUGCGAGAAGCCCUGCCUCUGCCAGAAGGGCAAGUGUGACCAGGACACGGGCUCGUGCACAUGCCACCAUGGCUUCUGGGGCCCUCAGUGUGCUAACAACUGCUACUGCAGUCUCAACUCUGUUUGUGACCAGAACACAGGAAGGUGUAACUGUAGUCUAGGUUGGUCGGGGAGGAACUGUGCCAUCCAGUGUAACUGCAAUAACUCACCAUGCGAGCAGUUUACGGGUCGGUGCCAGUGCCAGGAGAGACAUUGGGGCCCGCGGUGCGAGAGGUAUUGUCAGUGUAUCCAUGGGAAGUGCAACCAGGUGGACGGCUCAUGUACCUGUACGCCGGGGUACCGAGGGAAGUUCUGCAGGGAACCGUGUCCCGCUGGAUUCUAUGGACAGAACUGCAGGAACAGGUGUGGGCAUUGUAAGGGGCAGCAGCCCUGUAAGAUAACCGAGGGCAGGUGUGUAACCUGUGAGAGGGGCUGGAACGGGACCAAGUGUGACCAGAUGUGCCUGUCAGGCUUCUUCGGAGAGAACUGCCUGGAUGUGUGUCCUCCGUGCAAAGACGGCCACUUCUGCAACCGCAUCGACGGAAAGUGCUCCCACUGCAACCCCGGCUGGAUCGGGGACAGGUGUGAGGUGCGUUGUCCCAACGGGACUUAUGGGGAUAACUGUGAGAAUGACUGCAGACACUGUUCUAACGGCGUCUGUCACGUUGCCACCGGAGAGUGCCUGUGUGACCCAGGAUUUUACGGGACAUACUGCAACAUGACGUGUCAGAUGGGUCAGUAUGGAGUGAACUGUGCCCAGACCUGCACCUGUCACGACAACAACUGUAACCCAGUGUCUGGGGCCUGCAACCUACAGCCUAACCAGCGGAUGGGUGUGAUCGCGGCGGGAACCCUGGUCUUCUUUCUGCUCAUUGUCCUCCUCUCACUCCUCUGCUGCUGCUGCCUCUGCAGAAAUAAACACCACCACAAUCCUGACCAAGACAACUCUACCAACAGUAAAAAAGCCAGGCGGAUCCUGUGUGGACGAUUCAGCCGAAUCAGCACCAAACUCCCCCGGAUCCCACUGAGACGGCAGAAGCUGCCUAAAGUAGUCGUAGCCCACCACCCGGAGAACACAUUCAACUGCAGCUUCAUCGAGCCCCCCUCUGUAGCCGAGCUGCCCAGCCCCUCCUCCUGGUCCUCCCAGGAGUCCUUCGAUUCCUUCGAAGAGGAACCCAGUGAUGAUGGCCCUGUGUACUGUGUUCCCCAUGAAGAGUCGCUGAAUGAGAAUAAGGUGAAGUGCAGUCCCCCUGUGGCUGAGAUGCCAGCAGCAGCCUUCCACAGUGAGGAUGAUACAGGUGGGUAUACCUCCCUAAAAGACACCAGCGCCACCACCUACAAACCCCAGGAUGGGAGUGAAGCGCCCCUCAAGUCCUUAGACAGCGAGGGCUCCACCAGCAGUUCUGAGUCAGCCAUUGGGGCCCUUUAUGCCCGCAUUGCACACCUCUCCAAGAAUUCCAAGGAGGAAGAGGAUGGGGGCGACAGCAUGGUCACCAUCGAGGUCAAGGGUAACAGGAAACCACCGUCCCCGGGGGGAAAGACCAGGACCAAACCACGCCCGCCGGACCCCUCCACCAAACCCAAGGUGUCGUGGAUCCAUGGGAACAACGGGGGUACCACUCUCCAAGUGGAGAAGCCAAACCAGGGGGGCAAGGGGCUAACAUUUCCCAAGGUGAAGACAGCCAGGAGCUCUAGCAACAGCUCAGCCAAGAGCGAAGAGAGGCAGAGGCUGAAGGAGAAUUCCAAGGAGAAGAGCAACCAAGAGGAAAAGGGGACGGUGGUCAACGGCUCCCCUAGCAAACACAAGGCCCACUGGGUGGGGAGGUCCGGAGAGAACAUGAACCACAUGGAGCACAUCAACGGGGUGGUGCAAAACGCUCUCAAGAAGAUUGGCAACUUCCACAACUCCGAUAAGAAGGCAGCCGCUGUGGAGAUCCCCAAGGAGGCGCCCAAGAGCCCCAAAGUGAUCCACCCACACAUGAACUCAGAGGCCGCCACACUCCUGGCCGCCCAGCUCAAGGAGAAGACGCAGAGCAUCACCCGGAACGAGGGCACAGGCCUGGUAAAGACCAACGGCCUGUCCACCCCGAUCCUCCGGGGCCGAGGAGACCGGGAAAAGCCCACCCCUCCGCAGAAGGCCAAACGGACCACCGCUCCCACACCAGGCCACCAGGGCUCCAACAAGCCUCUGCUGCCUACCACCACCAGCCUCCAGAAGAUGGUGGGUGUGGGGGUCCCCAAAACGGACCCAGCUACCCCCGAGGUCGCCCCCAAGAGCCCGGAGAAGCAGGACUUGAACGGCUCUAGAGUGGGAGAGGGUUGUGGUGGUGCGGGGGACCCCAUGCUAAAGAAGACCCCCAUCAAAAAGCCUCCCCGAAAGAAAGGCAAGGACGGGACUUUGGAUACUACUCUGGAAACUAAAACACCGACAAAGACAGCGAUUAUGCCACCGCAGAUAGUCAAAUAGACAGUUUUUUAAAAUUGUUUCUCACUGACAGGACAAUGGUGAAUUAAUUACUUUUCUUCCAAAGGAGACAUGCAAAAGGACUUACUUGGUGGUUGUUCAUCAAAGGAAUUUAUUAUUUUUGCGCAUGUGUGUGCUGUGUGUCCAGAACCAGUGGAAAGUAAGUGGAACUUGUUUUUAAACUGUGGUUCUUCUCAUUGGUGUGGGAGUGGGUUUGUAAUAUAUUGAGCUGUAUACCAUACUAGUAUUACAUGGACUGAAAUUGAAAGUAAUUUCAUGGACUCUUUUCAUAAACCUGCGAUGUAUCCGUUUUCCACUACAACGACAAACAUAAAUGGGGGAGAUGGCUGACAGUGGCAAGCAAUCAUAUUUAAUUUCCUCCAUAUUUCUCCAAUGCUCACAACUAAGUAUUCAUGUAAGAAUCUCAUCGUUGUAUCAUUAUAAUUUAAAAACUUUUUUCCUCAAUAUUCUGUGUGAUGCAAUCAAAUCUAUGCAAUGUAAGUGAGGUGAAGUAAGGCUAAGUUGAACCAUGGUACUGAGAAUACAAGUACAAUAUUUUUCAGUUUGAUUUAAAUUAGCCAGUUACACUCCAUAAAGGAGAUUGUUGACCUCUUUUUUUUUGUCCUUUUUUGUUGUUAAUAUGUUGCGUAAUACAGAAAGUACAGUAUCUAGCUCGUCCUGAAUUGCCCUGUUCUUCAAAAAGAUUCUCUCCUUUGGCAUUUUAUUGUCUUUAGAGAGUACAUUCUUUCACAAUUUUGUCAGUCAUGGUUUGUUGGCGAACAAAUUCACUUGUUGAACUCAAGCAAACUGUUAAGGAAGCAUUACGUUGUCAUUCUGCUCCUAACAGAGCUAUGGCCUCAUGAGACUCGGCAAUUCAUUUUUGUCCUCUCUAAUUGUUAAUCGUUUUUGGUCCGUAUCUCUAAGGCCAUACACUGUGUUAGGUCCUGUUGUCCCUUUUUAGAGGACAUUCUGGGAUUUUCAAUGAUAUCACAUGUGUGGGGGUGUCAUCUUCAUAAAAAAACAAAUCUGGUUCAAAAUGGCUCUAUUACAAUUUCCAUCAUAAUUAACACAUUUUAUUGUGUUAUAAUCAUUUUUGUGAGUUUGAUAUUCAAAUCGUUUCUAAUAAGUAAAUAUCUCAGGAAUAGUUUGGUAAGUUUUCAGAGCAGUGUAAUACAUUUUCCACAUAAAAUAAGAGUAACUUUUGGAUAUGCUCUCUUUUUACAAGUAAUACCAGCAAAAAGAAUGCUAAGCUAUCUUUUCCUUGUGCUUAUCGAAUAGCUAGCUAGUGUAAAUGCCAUACUUUUAGGUUCUUUACAAAUCCUUCCUUCAAUCUCACCCACCUACGGGUAAGCAACGCCCCCGUAUCAAGAAGUAAUAAAGAACAUCCUUGCAUAAUGUUUCAUAAAGGGCAUGAAACAAUGGCUACAGUGCUAGAGGCGUGACUACAGGCUGUAUCACCACCGGCCGUGAUUGGGAGUCCCAUCGGGCGGUGCACAAUUGGCCCAGCUUCGUCCGGGUUUGUCCGGUCUA